UAGGCGGAGGACCCAUGCUGUUGUCUUACUACAGUAGCCAGUUAACGGUAUAUAGACAGCUAGCAGCAUACACCGGCAGGGGCAGCCCAGUCUCAUCAGUUAUCAAUUUGAUGGUUGGUGGCCUUUCAUUAACUUUAACGGAAUUAUAAUUUUCCACUGAUCCUUUACCUUUUUUUUCUUGGACUCGCCUAGCUUGGUAGGUAGCUAGACGAACUGGCUAUCCCAUGUCCCUGGCUGGUUGUAAUGCUGGUAGAAUAAAGGCAUAGGCUACGCUGAUCUGGACUUCUGCCUCGUCACCACCACAAUAUAAAACACAGUUCCCACCACCCCCUCAAAUACAAAGACAGUAAUUAACAUGCCUCUUGGGCUGGGAAGAAGGAAGAAGGCAUCUCCAUUAGUGGAGAACGAGGAGGCUGAACCAAUUCGGGCAGGCCUUAAUGUACCCGGGAUGGACAGCUUGGAUGGAAGUGGUGUGGGGUUGGGACAGGGUUCCACCCAUGAGGGGUUGCCUCCUCCACCUACCAGCCUGCGACCCCGCCUGAUCUUCCACACCCAGCUGGCCCACGGUAGUCCCACAGGACGCAUUGAGGGCUUUAGCAAUGUGCGGGAGCUCUAUGCCAAGAUCGGAGAGGCUUUUGGAAUCCCCCCUGUUGAGGUCAUGUUCUGUACACUGAACACUCACAAGGUAGACAUGGACAAGUUGUUGGGAGGUCAGAUUGGCUUGGAAGACUUUAUCUUUGCCCAUAUUAAAGGCCAAAGGAAGGAGGUGGAGGUGUACAAGGGAGAGGAUGCUCUGGGACUGACCAUCACGGAUAACGGAGCAGGCUACGCCUUCAUCAAGAGAAUACGAGAGGGAAGCAUCAUCCACCAGAUCCAGGUCAUCAAUGUGGGAGACAUGAUCGAGUCCAUCAACGGACGCGGUCUCAUUGGCAGCCGACACUAUGAGGUGGCCAAGAUGCUGAAGGAGCUGCCCAAGGGGAAGGACUUCUGCCUGAAACUUGUGGAGCCCCUUAAAGCCUUCGACAUGAUCAGCCAGAGGUCUGGAGGGGCAAGGUCGGGCUCAGGGACCCAGCUGGGGACAGGAAGGGGGACCCUGCGGCUGCGCUCCAAGGGCCCUGCCACUGUAGAGGAGCUGCCCUCUGCAUUUGAGGAGAAGGCCAUCGAGAAGGUGGACGACCUACUUGAGAACUACAUGGGCAUCAGAGACAGCGAGCUCGCGGCCACAAUGGUGGAGUUAGGGAAGGACAAGAAGAACCCGGAUGAGUUCGCUCAGGCUUUGGACGAGACUCUGGGAGACUUUGCCUUCCCUGACGAAUUUGUGUUUGACGUCUGGGGCGCCAUUGGCGACGCGAAGGUCGGCCGGCUGUAACCCCGGAAACCGAAGGGACCAGUGGAACACCAUGUGUGUAGUUCUACAUGGCCGUGGCACCCACAACAAACGGCACUACUAGGAAUCACCACACUAGUCAUAAGUGUUUUUGUUUUAUAUAAUGCAUUUUUUCAUUCUUUUGUUUUGGUUUCUCCUGUGUACAUCUGCUAUUUUUUAUGUAGAGUGCACUUUUCUGGGAGAACAUCUAGGGGAAAAGAUUUAGCUCAUGUCUUGGAGAGAAUCCACUGAUCGCUUACUUCGUCUCACAGUAUUAUGGACCUGAAAACCUCGAUCAGACAAUUGAAUGCAGAACACGAGGUCCUUGUGUUCAAGCAAGCAAGUGCAUUAAGGUCUCCCGGCCCUGUUCGGUCCAGGAUCCAGGAGCAGGGUUGUGGACUAGGCUGUUCCUUCUGACCACUCCUACCUAAUGGAUGCCCAGGUCCUUGUACCUCCUGUCCUCUUGUGUGAAGAAGACAGAGCACGAGUCUUGUCGGAGGCUCACAGGACUGGCUUAACACAAGCGGCACAAGCGGCUUCCACGUUUCGUACAACAAACUGUGAUGUUUCACUUUUUGCACUGUGUUGCACUGCGCUAUAUACAACCUCCCCCCCCCCUCCCCCCAGCUGGCACUGUAUGUCCCAGAGGAGGCCACCGUAGAGAGGUGGUCUAAGACACACUAACCCAGGAUUUCAUAUAACGCUGUUUCGGACCACUCUGUUUCAGAUACUUAAUAUGAUUCUCACUAGCAUGAGCUAUUAUGUUAUCUUAAUUGUGAGUUCUGGUAUCUUUUUAUGUACUGUUGGUUUUGUGAAGGAAAAGUGCUGUGGAUACUGAAGGUUUACAGUGCAUUGGCACUCAAUAAUAAUGCAAAGGUCAGAUCCUCUUUUGCGGCUCCUCACCUCUAAAACACUUGUGGUCUUUGCUGCAGUGACGGUGAACUAUAGAAUCGGGCUGCACUUAUCAGCCACACACUGGAUGGUUCAUACAGAUCUUUCUUAUGCCAUACUCCAGAGUUAACUAAAAGUGUGGACAGGCUACCUACCUAUAAAAGAUACUGUGGAAUUGGAAGCAUUUGUCCAAUCCACAGAAAACAAUGGGUUGGUAACCCUGACUGGGAUCAUUCUGUAAACUUCAAAUUUUUUAAAGAAUGUUUUCAUCCUGAGUUUAUUUU